AUGGAACAAGCAUUCGAUUCCAGCGACAACAGCACAAUGAGAUCAUUCAUGUUGUCAAACAGUGGAGCAGCCGCAGGAGCAACAGCAGGAUAUAGCCAGGCUACUCCUCCUCCUCCCUCCAACACUACAGAUCAAACAGCUUUCAACUCGACAGCAUCUCAGCCUGUACGGCUGUCUCAAAAAUCUUCACAAACCAACACAUUUGUUCACAAGCUAUACAACAUGGUACUCGAUGACCAAUUCCAACAUUUGAUUGCCUGGAACUACGCUGGCGCAUCAUUUAUCGUCUGCAAUAUUAUGGAAUUUGCAAGAGAUGUAUUACCAAAGCAUUUCAAACACAACAAUUUCAGCAGUUUCGUUAGACAGCUCAACAUGUACGGGUUUCAUAAAGUGAACAAAUCACCUCGUGGUCACCGAACUUUAGCAGAGAAUCAAAUCUGGGAAUUCUCUCAUUCAAAAUUCCUUCGAGAUCGCCCUGAUUUACUGGACGAUAUCAAACGUAAAACCAUGGAAUCUGAUACUGUACGACGUGAAACCGACUUACACGCACAUAUGGCAAUGAUGCAGGUGUCGCAAUCAGACAUGCUACAACAAAUCAACCAUUUGUAUGAUAGUUUCAGCCAGAUUGUCAAGGAAUUGCACGAAACAAAGCAAAAGCAAGAGCACCAUAAUACACUAGUGAAAGACGUACUUUCGUACAUUACCCAGCAAAAUGGAGGUCAGUUGCCUCAUGAACUUGGCUCAGAGUUCAAAAAAUUGGAAGUAAACAAAGCAGCACCUUCGAUAUUCGUAACCACACACCAAGACCACUUUAGCCAUCAUACACAACAGCAACCUCUUGUUCCUACUCAAAAUCGGCCAAACAACAGCUUACUACCUUCUAUUACUUUUUCUAGCACAUUGCCACCUAGUCCAAAUCCAAUCAAUUUAGCAUCAUCAUCAUCCACAACCACAGCAUCAUCUACUUCACUUGAUAAUAAAAAUGGCUACUACCAAUCCAAUACCUCACAAAGCCCAUCUCAAGUUUUAGCAGCAGCACAAGCAGUGGCAGCAUCAGUAACAGUGACCUUACCGGAUAUAAUGAACUCACCAACACCCACACAUCAAACUAGCAACAACCGAAAUCAUCAUCAUUUCUCCUUUAAUAAUUCAUCUCACCACACAAUGAAUGGUUGA